AUGAGUGCAGAAACAACGCAGUCAGCAAGGCCAAAGCCCAAGGGCAUUCUGAAGCAACUCAGCGCCCCACCAACCACAAAACAACCAGCAUCACCACCACCACGCGCAUCUUCCUCAACUUCCCUCACCCGCGCCGAGCUCCUCGCGCAACAAGAGGCCGCCGCCCGUCUACGCCUGCUCGAAAAGCUCCGCCAAACUGAGCUCAAGCCGCCCAUCCCCCUUGAAACCUUCGAGCUGCUCUCCCAACUGCCCCGCGCCCCCUGCCCGCCGCACGACGCAUCCAACCCUUCGCCCGCCGACGCCUCCCUCGUCCUGACCUCGCUCCGCGACUUCCAGCCUAGCGAGUACCUCGACCUGAUCGAGGAGCGCAACUGCCUGGGGAAAUGCGGUUACGCCCUCUGCCCGCGGCCGCGCCGCACCCACGAGGGCGGCUUCAAAAUCUCGACGCGGUCGGGAAACAUCGCGCGGACGACCGACCUCAACAAAUGGUGCUCUGACGCCUGCGCGCUGCGGGCGCUGUACCUCAAGGUGCAGCUUGACAACCCAACGUACGAGCGGAUCAGCAGCGGCGGCAGCGGGGCGCCGGGUGGGAGGUUGGUGGUCAAGCUGGAGCUUAGAGAGGAGAAGGGCGAUGGCAGUAGGAAGAGCAGAACUUCUGCUGUUGCUGCUGCUGUACCAAGAGGAUCACAAGAAGACCGUGACCAGCUUGCGCAGGCCAUGGCGAAGCUCGAGAUAGACAAGCACACGCAGGCCAGGAAGGACGCGUCGGCCCUCGCUGGCGAGAGAGGCGAUCCUGGCGGGUCUGUAGCUGGCUUAAGUAGGGUGGAUGUAACCAUCAAGGAGAGCGCCGUUGACGGGCCGGUUGAGCCUCCCUCCAAUCUAGCCAAAGGCGCCGAAUACAUGGUAGAGGGUUACCGGCCGAAGGCCAACAAAGCUCGUGGCGGCAAGCAGCCGGAAGAGGGUGCGGAGAGCGAUGGCGAGGACGACGAGUUUUUUACCGUCAGGCUUUGA